AUGGACGCGGUUGACACAGCUGCUGAACAUUCUGACUCGACCAGUGGUUCACAGUCAGGACAAGGAACGAAAAAGAAGCGAAGAUCUCGUAGAUCUCUCCAACAGAGAGCUGCUGAGCGUAACUUGGCACCUGUGACACCUGGUGGAACUAACCAGUCAACAAAACAGGCUACCAAGGCAACCGUAAAGGCUACUGAGCAGCGUGGGAAUUCACAAAACCCGCCGGUGAAUCAGCAGCAGAACCUAAAUGCGCAGAAUCGCGGUGCGAUUCCCAGAAAUCCACCAGUACAGCAGCAACAACCUCCGAGGGUGUCAAAUCCACCUAUAAAUAACCUUCCGAGCGGUCAAGUGAAUCCAUCCGGUGGUAAUCGAUCGCCUCCUGGGUUCAACAACAACAAUAAUCAGCCGUUUGUCCGGAAUUCAAGUCAAAUGGGACAAAACAGAGUCGUACGUCCAAGAUUCUGUUAUAAUUGUGGCUCAUUAGAACACUUAGGCUACUUUUGCCAUGAACCACGCCGGGACGUCUGCAUGAGAUGCGGAAAAGUUGGAAAGACAGCUGUUACGUGUGUCUGUAACGUCGACAGUCGUCCUAAUGCCUUCCAGUUACCAAAAAACGACAACGCAGCCCGCCAGUAG